CAACACUGCUGUUAAAAUAGGACUCGUUAAAAAAGCUGCUGUAAGAAUGGAGAUACGAUUCUGUUGAGUUCCUAAGCUGCUGUAAAGUAUAUCUGACCUAAAAAUUGCUUUGGAUCGAACAGGUCAUUGACGUCGAUCGUUAAUUCUCUACUUGUUUUUAUACUUCUGGUUUCAACGAGAGAAUCGAAGGCUGAACGAACCAAUAUAAUUAGAGGCUUGAUGUCCAGUGAACGAACCCUUAAAUGGUCCUUUUGGAUCUCGCGAGUUUUGCUUUGUUCGAGUGUCGUCUUUUCGAAUUUCCCAACCACCGUCUCUUCGUCGGACAACAACACAACCACAACUCCUCCUUAUACUACACUCUCACCAAAUAAAACCGUGUUUAGCUGCAAAUGGGAGGACUUAAAGUUCCCUAUUACCUAUGGAACAGGGAUUGCUUGUGCUUUGUCAGUCAUUGUUGGUGGAUUCGUACUUUUUGUUGGUUUUAAGUAUUUGCGAACAACCCUCUUCCUUAUUGGCUUCUCUGGUGGAGCCUUAAUAACAUAUUACAUCUGCAUUGAGAAAAGCACCCUUCAAUUACAGUACAUUUUGUUAAUUACUGUCGCCAUCGCUAUCUUUGUUGGUAUUCUCUGUACAACUGUUGUGUUCUGUGGACUCUUCUCAUCUGGAAUUGCAGCAGGUUUCUGCAUAAGCAUGGCAUUUCUCUUAGGAUUUUCCUCAUUAUUUGAGGGUUAUAAGACUAUAUCUAUACCCAUAGGGGUGGUGGUUUCUGUUUCUGUUAUUCUGGCUGGUAUUUCGGUUUGGUGGAAGAGAUGUCUUAUCAUCACGUCAAGUGUCUUUGGUGCCGCAAUGAUAAUGGGUGGAGCCGAUUACUUCAUUGAGGACUUAUGGCUUCUAAACUACUCUAUUCAGAAAAUCUUCUUGGUGACGGUGUAUGGAAAGCCCUGCCUGGUCUCUUGGAUUAUACUCGGUUUGUGGCCUCUUCUGACAUUAAUUGGACUGUUGGUACAAUUCCUGAAGACAGCAAAGAAGCCUCGUAAACCAAAAAAGGACAUUUACGACAAACGCUAUACCACAGGUUCCCCAUUUUACUCAGCACCCGAUGAUGCACAGGAUACUGAAAUGGCUGAGCUUAUUCCACAAAAUGCAGAAUCCAAUGAAAGCAACCUUCCUAACUCCCAGGCACAUUUCAUUACAACAGAAGUAUAAAGUAUGAUCAUGAGUACAAUAGGCCAUUUCACGGAUCCCGUUACUCAACCUCAGCCUCRUCAGYGUGUAAUAUAUUCUUUAGAAAUUUUCUACAACCUGU